AAGGGAGAGCAAAGCCUUUUAAUGAUAUGAUCCCAAAGAAGAGCAUAUACGAUACUUUUUACUUGCUAAUUAAUAAAUAAGGACUUUUAUUCCCUGUUAUAAGGAUUAGUCAACAAAAAAAUCUUUCGUUUAUUUCGUGGUAGUUGAAUAAGAAAUUACAAAAAUGGCAGAUACAUUCAGUCUUCAGAGGGUUUUAGAAACAUUCAGAUCAAGCCUAACUGAGAAUAAGGAGGUUUACAUUAAAUAUUAUAUUGCAGGAUGGAAAGAGCUGGUCAGCUUCAUGAACAGUUUAGGGAAUGUGUUUUCCUUCAUCUCCAAGGAUGUGAUCUGCAAAAUCCAGAUCCUAGAGAACUUCCUUUCAGGAGAAAAUGGAUCCCACUAUGUCACCAUCCAGUCCAUGGUGAAGUAUGAGCUGGAAAAUGAGCUGGUGGACCUCACCAAAAGAGGCAGCCACCCAGAAUCCGGUUGCCGGACUCUUCUGAGGCUCCAUCGUGCUCUGCGCUGGCUGGAGCUCUUCCUCGAGAGACUGCGGACCAGCGCCGAGGACGGCAAGACCUCCGUCAUGUGUUCGGAUGCCUAUAACGAGUCUCUGGCUCAGCACCACCCCUGGCUCAUCCGGAAAGCUGUCGGCGUGGCCUUCUGUGCACUUCCAGGGCGAGACACCUUCUUUAAUGUGAUGAAUGCGGGAGAUCAGGUGCAGGUGGUUGCUCUGUUAGGAGAGUCUUUGCCCCUCAUCUCUGAAGUAUACCAGAUCACAGAAGACUUAUAUGCCAAGAACAACCUCCUGGAGUUACCAUAGAUUCCUUCCACUAAUUAAUACAUAGUUCUAGUGGCACAUACUCACUUAUUCACUAUAAACAUGGACUUAUUUUACUGUCUGGCUGUAAAAAGUUCAUUCAUUUGGUUUGCCGAAGGCACAUGCAAUAUGCAGAUUUAAUGCACAUUUUAAGCAGGGAUCUGCUCGUUUUACACUACUUUGUUGGCCGAGUGGACAUUAAACGCUGGGUAUAUUUGAAUAUAUUUGAGCAU